AUGACGGAAAAGAAAGACAGUGAAUUCAUCCGUCAAAGGCGAGAAAUAGAAGCAGAGUAUAAUUAUUUAUCUCAAAGCACCCCUUACAAAUUACCUUCCACAGCAACUACUACUAGUAAACUCAUCAACACCCAACAAAUCGCUCAAUUAUUCCAAGAAUCCCAAGAACAAGCUCUAGCACAAGAAAUCAAGAAAAUGGAAAAAGAGAUUAAUCAAACCUUUACUGACAAACAAAAAGAACUGAUAAAAAAAUUCAUUGAAAUUAAAAAGAAAUCGCUAAAAGAUGAAGAAAAUGAGGAAUUGAUGGAUAGUGUUGGAGAACUAAAAGCAGAAUUGAGAGAAGAAAGAUUUUCACGAGAAGAUAUUGGAAAGAUCAUUGAAUACUGUGAAAGAAAAGAAAUUGAAUUUGAGGAUAAGAAAUUUGAAGGACAGCUAGUUAUUGAGGAUUAUCCUGAAUUAGAGUUACUAUAUUUACAAAAUAUUAAAAAUGUAGAUAAGAUAGAAAAAUUGAAAGUUCGUAAGAACCUUUUAACCAAUUUAGAAUUCAUAAAAGAUUUAGAAAAUUUAGAAACCUUAGAAAUAGAUGGUAAUCCUAAAAUUGUUUCCGGAUUAGAAUAUUUACCAGAUUUAAAAAAGAGUCGAGAGGAGUUGAAAAAGAGAGUUGUAGAUAUUGUUCCUAAAGAAACUCAGCCAAAAACUACUAGUGAAAUGAUGAAUACCCAACUAAUAGUUUCAAAUUUAGACAAAGAAUUUAAGAAAAAAGAAAAGCGAAUUAAUUACUUAGAAUCACGAAUCCAAGAGUUAAUUGACUUGAAUAAACAGCAAAAAGAUAAAAUAAUUAAUGCUUACUUAACUCAUUUUGGUUCAGAAAGGGAAUUAGCCAAAAACUUGAUUGAAUCCUACUUAGAAUUUAUCAAGUUCAAAAAAAAAGAAACUAAUUCUCCUAAUUAUCGUAAGAAAGUUAAAGAAUACAAGAAAGGUUAUGAACUAAUUGAAGAACAAUUAGAAAAUAAAUUAGAUGAGGAGGCCAUGAAUGGAAUGCAGCGUAUUCUAACUGAUUGUGAGAAAUUAAUUGAACAAGAAAUAGAAUUAGAAAUCAAAAGUGGCGAUGUUAAGGGACAAAAAGAAAACUUAUCGCAGGUUUCUAGCAACAAUGAAAAAGAAGCAAACCAUCAGUUAAAACUAGAAUUAGCCAAAGCCGAAGAUCAUCUAAAAGUUUAUUAUCAAGAACAACCAGCUACCCAGCAAAUUAUUAAUUAUAUUAAUUGUAACAUUGUUAACGUUAGUGAUAAUUCCACUCUCAUUAAUCAAUACAACCUCUAUUACCAACAACUAGCCAAUGAAACCGAAAGAGAAAUUAGUGAACCUUUAACUAAUCUCCAAAUAACUGAACAAGAUAAGAAAGUAAUUAACCAAGUUAUUAUUUUUUGGGGAGUUCAAGAACUAUUUUUUAAUUAUCGAAAAAAAACUAUUGAUAAACUAGUUAAUUGUUAUUGCCGAUUAGCUAAUAAAACUGACGUUACUAAGAAAUGA